AAAUACAACAGAUCCAAAUCGGAUUUGGAAGUUCACUCCAACGGGAGACAUUUGCAGCGAGAGUAAUCCCUCGCUUGUCUUAACCUGGAUUGCAAAUGAAAACCAUCAAGUGCUCGAAGAUGAAGAUAAACAGCGAGCGUUAUUUGGUAGGAACACGUAUAGUAGUGUAAAAUGUUUAUUUAUCGCCAACAAAGAAUUUUCAAUCAAGCGUUGCAAAAGAGAAGGAUAACAACACUUUGCUUUGGUCGAUGUAUAACCUUUCAGGGCCGAAGGUCCUUCCGGACGAGGGUGGUGAAACCUUUAAUGCAUGGAUGGCAUUUUGUAGUAGGCCAGCACUCUGGAAUCAUAAUGUUCGUAUUGUGGUCUCCCAAUUAUCCAGUAAUUGGGGGCCAGGGCUGUUUGAGUUCAUGUAUUUCUAGUCCCCGAGCCAGUAUAUAAUAAAACAGUUUUCUACUCACUCUCGUCGAAUAUAACUCUGUGCUACGCACCUCGUCAGUCGAAUAGCAGCUCGUAUGCGACUCGAGUUCGCAGAAUAGCUGCUAAAUGUCAGUGUUUCUGAAAUGUAAUAGGUGUUAUAGAAAAUAAUGCUACUGAAGAAAAUAAAGAAGCCAUUGUUGAAAGCUUAUCUUCCAUGAAAGAUGUUUAUGGUGGAGAGAAAUACAGCGUGGCAGUAUUACCUAAGCUGCCUGCUAAACAUCCAGCUAUUGGAACACAAAGGUAAGCAAAGUAUUUCAUUGCGCAUAGUGUUAUUUAAAAAUUUGAAAACAUACCCUAAAUUAUGGUGAAAUGGAAACACGUGGGGAAGCUUAGUAUAAAACGAAACAAUUGAUCAUUUGGAAUCGUGCCAGUGUAAUAGGAAAUAUGCCCUUCCCCCUUGCAAAAAUGUUUCUUCAGCACCAACUCUCUUAGGACUUACUCAAUACUCAUGCAUGGCCCCCACUCGGAAAUUAUCCUCCGCCCCCUCCACUUUGCAAUAUAUAAGUUGGUGAUGAUGUAGACGGAAGCUAGGGAUCAAGUGAAUCGAAAUUUCUUGUUCUUUAAAUAAUUGUUUCAAAACUUGCCAAAAAUGAAAUAAAAUUGAAUGUGCUAAAACACUAUGCUUUUUGUCAAGCAUACAACAUUUUGGUUCAAUUGCGAUGGAAAUUGGAUGAGAAAUGUACAAAAGAAUAGACUGAAAAGAAAUUAUUUAUACAUAAUUAGUGCAUUUAUUGAUUAUGCACGAAUACUUCACAUAAUUUGCUGGCAAUUUUAUGAAGUUUCUGCGUGUUUUAUAUCAUGUAACUGCAACCAUGUUGGAAGAAUUAGACAAGUCAUAUUCUUCCUUCUCCGCUGAAAUUUUAUCCUAUAUGGAUGGAAUUUCGUCCAAUUGAGAUUGUCAGAUAUAUUUUCAGGGAUUGAAAAGUCCACCUGUCGAGGUGAUUUUCGUAGUCGACAGGCAUAAAAACUGCUUACCUGUCACUUAUGACAUAUUUAGAAAACACCUAAACAAAAUUAUUAUUAGAAAACUGUUUAUACGUUUAAUUUUUUUUUAACUAAAUGCAUGAAGUUUGUGUGAUGUUAUUCUGAGUGUAUAUCCACACCGGGCAGGCUUGAAAAAUAUGCCUGGCCACGGCGGGAUUCGAACCUACGACCUUUGGAAUACCAGCCCAUCACACAAACAUCUUAUUCACCUGAGUACAUUACACCAACACAGCAGAUUUCAUAAAUGCAUGAAGUUGGACAUUGAACACUUAUUGACUGAAACCGAGGGAAACAGUACAAUAUAUUUUGUGGACCCUAGGUACUGUUUCCCAUAAGUCCUACAGUCUAAAUAUUUGAUUAUGUAGCAAAUGUCAACGAAAAAAACGAAAAAGCCCUGGAAACUUCUAUAAUGUUUUCUUUAUAACUCGAUGGUUUUAUGAUUCACCGAUGAAUAAAAGUGUCACAGCUGUUGCCAGGAAACAGUUGGAUUUUGAGACUCUCUUGUCCAAUGUGAUGCAAGAAAACACGAGCUUUGACACUUUGUGUACAAUAAAAAAUGGCUAGUGCUUUAGUUAUUACACGCUUAACAAUUUAGUUAUUGCACUCUUCUUCCUGAGAUGGCCAUGUUAAAAAGAUGGUACAAGUUGAAUGAUCGAGGAGAUAGGUAAACGAUUACACAACCGGUCGCCAUGGGAAAGUAACAAAAAUUGGGAACCUUUCUAACCUGUAAUUUUACUUUUGUUCCUUUGGUAAACAGGUGGGCGAUAAAGCAGGAAAGUUUGAGUAACAUUGGACAAUGGAAAUUUUCUCAGAUUACUAAUCCAGCAUGGAACCGUAAAGCAUUGUCAUGGCCGGUUAACCAAGAUGGCACUUUAAAUGAG